AGGGCAUCUGUGAUUUUAUAAAAACUGUUUUAUUGAUUUAAGUAUUUAUCUCUUAAGCCGUUUGUCAGGUGCAAAGAAGGUGUUUACCUGACUGAAAAUCAUGACCCAAUAUUGUGUACACAUCCAUAAGUGCCUUUCUUGCUAGCUGCACAUGCGCAUUAUCGCCUUUGAUGUCUUGGCACUUAACCUAGCCUAGCUUUUGGGGUCACAAGCAGACAACUCAGGGCCCCAGUGGUGGCAUGGGUCCCGGCCAGCGUCGAAUAAAAACGGUAUAUUUGUUUGCAGUUUUGUAUUCCUAAGUAAUUAGUGUCAUAAUUAAAUUUUCUGAAUAACUCAGUUUGGUGACUGAGCUUGAUUCCCAAAACUAAUGGAGCCUCUCUGACGCCACUCCACCCCUUACAAAUGAAGCCCGUUAAUGGUUUAGCCCACCCAUUAACGAAAGGAAAGAAGGAGAGAAGGAAGAAAACUGAGGAAAAGAAAAAGAUCCAAGAAGCCACCACUAAAACAGUGAAGUCGUACUGGGCAGCAGCCAGGUGUGAACGAGGCGAACUCGUUCCACAGAAGGAUGUUUGUUGCCUUUGGCUCUGCGUGUUUCUCCUGUUUGUUCAAUGGCAUCUCAUUUCAAAGUGUCACACGCACACACACUUUACUGGUCCAACACCUGGGAAGGAUGAACAGCUCCCCCACCAGACUUUAGUCUCAGUGGAGAGUCCUUGCCAUCAGCUCUUCCUUUGGCUUAAUAUGACGCACGUAGCCACUCCGUACACCCAAAGCAAGAUCCACAUCAAGGUGAUGACUGACUUCAAACCGGAAGAAUAACAGACGGCUGGACACUUGAUCAGAGUUUUUUAAACUAUGGAAACUGUACUGGUUAACAUCCUGCACAUGAAUCCUGAUCAACUGAUAAAAAUGGUCUCUGACAAACAGUACUCCCUCUGAAUCCAAAGACCCCAGUGGUCCCACAAUAGUUUGAUGACUGUGAAAAUAACACAAAGCCUUUGUACUGGUUCUCCACCCAGCUGAACCAACAAGAGAUAUAUCUACAGCAUUAUUAACUGUAACUCGAUUUGGCCUGGUGAGACUUGCUGUAUUUCAAACUGCCCCAAAUCUCUCUUCUCCAUACUGUUUUUUUCAUCUAGUUUAUUUAAUAAUCCGUUUCAAUAUUUAAUAAGCAGAUCCACUUUACUGUGUUCUACUGCAAUUCAUUGUAAUCUGGUGUGGCUAACUCAAAUUCUGUCAAACAAGGCCGACAUUAUGUUAUUUAUACUCCAUUCAGGCCUGUGCUGCUAAUAUACCACCAGUCUUUUUUCAUGUUUACCCAUAAACAGAAAGAGGCAGUUAUAUAAGUUGGAUUUACUUGUUUCUGAAAAAGCUCGGUACCCUUGUAAGUACAGUCAUUCAUGACUCAGUGACAAAUGAUGCUCUUGCAGGCCUCUACUGGCGUCUGAGAGGGAGGCUGGGUUGUCGGAAGCAGUGGGUGGACAGGGCAGGCAAGCGCGAGGAAACGAAGCAAGCGGUGGGAGGCGCACAAUGGCGUAUCAUUCACCGACGGACACCCACACAGACACACACUCAUGGAAACACGUAUAAAAUGUAUUUAUGUAACAGGCUUCCUGCCUAGAGCAAAGUACACGAGUAGAUCCUCUUCCAAAAUAAAAAUAGACACAUCUUUUGAAACAGAUGCCUCUUAAAGACGUGACGUAAAACAUUUCCGUCGCCAUACUUCUUAUUAUAUGUUACAUCGCGUCACGAUGCCAAAUGCAUUGUGCAUAACGCUUGGCAUGUAUUUAAAGUAAUUCACCUGUCGCUGAAGACGUCUCCUGAAAGAUGCAGUUUGCAGUGGGUGCAGGGAUUGAGAGCACUUCCUCUGCCUGCAAAAUCCCCCCUGAAUGUAUUUCAGCCACUUUGUGUUGGCUUUGUUUAGGACAAUUACACAGUUGUUUGUCUCCAUAGAACUUUCAGUUUUCAAUUUUAACCCUUUCAAUAGAGCAAGCCAGCUUCCAAAUUAAUUGCGUGAUCAUAUUAAAAGAUUCUGAAAUAAUAACAAGCUUGCAGUGCUUCCCAUUUCUCUUCCCUGUACAACAUACAGAGAAGAGAACUGAAAGCAGUCAAAGACCAACUAUAGAGCAUGCUAUAUAUACCAUAACAGUAUAGCUCAA